AUGCUGAAAACAGAAGUUGCACAGUAAGACACAGCCAUGGCAGAAGGCAAAACAGGAGGUGCCGGCCUGUUUGCUAAGAGGGUUCAAAAGCAGCUCAGCCGAGCCCAAGAAAAGGUUCUGCAGAAACUGGGGAAAACCGUGGAAACAAAAGAUGAACAAUUUGAACAAAGUGCUUAUAAUUUCCAGCAGCAGCAGAUCGAAGGGCAAAAACUCUACAAAGAACUGAAGGCUUUCCUCAUUGCUGUGAAAGGAAUGCAUGAAAGUUCCAAGAAAGUAUCUGAAACAUUGCAAGAAAUUUACUGUGAUGAAUGGAAUGGAUAUGAAGAAUUGAAGGCCAUAGUUCAGAGCAAUGAUCUCCUAUGGGAAGAUUAUGAGGAAAAACUGGCAGACCAAGCAAUCAGGACCAUGGACAACUACUUGAGUCAGUUCAAUGAAAUUAAAGAGCGAAUUGCCAAGAGAGGGCGGAAACUGGUGGAUUAUGAUAUCAGCAGACAUCACUUGGAAACCCUUCAGAAUGCCAAAAAGAAAGAUGAAGUUAAAAUUGCUAAGGCUGAAGAGGAAUUCUAUAAAGCCCAAACUGUCUUUGAGGAACUCAAUAAAGAACUGCGAGAAGAAUUGCCGAACCUUUACAACAGUCGAAUUGCAUGCUAUGUCACAAUAUUCCAGAAUAUUUCCAAUUUGAGAGAUAUCUUCUACAAGGAAAUGAGUAAGCUUAACCAUGACUUGUAUGAUGUAAUGAGCAAGCUGGAGAACCAACAUUCCAAUAAAGUCUUCAUCAUUAAGGGGGUCUCCAGCAACAGAGGCUCUUUGGUUAUUUCAUCCCCAGUAAGCCCAACCAGCAACUCUUUUCUGCCAGCAGGGAAUAGCAUAAAUGAGCUCUCCACAUCUCUCAUUGCCCCAAAUCAAGAAACAGAAACUAUUUCAGCCACCGAGGUGGCAUCCACAACUGUAUAUGAUGAUGAAGCAAAAGAAGAGGUGACAGAAUUGCAAAACAAGGCUGGCCAGGGUGCCGAGUCAGACUCUCAGGCUGGUAGUGAAACAGAAGGCAAAAGCCAUGAGACCCAACUGGAAGAGCUUGAGGUUGGUUCCGGCAGGACCCUUGAGGUAGUGGCCAAGAACCUUGCGGCCGAGAUUUUAUCACAAGCAAUGGUUGAAGCUGCUGGCAAAAGGCAAAGCAUUUCUAAAGAUUCAGAAGAUCCUGCACAACAGCCCUUCUUGGAAGAAACCAUUGAAGCCAAUGAUACACCUGGAAAAGAGGAUGGUUCUCCACCCCAGGCAAAGGAUGAAAGCCCAACUCUACUGAAACACGACCUUCAGCAUGCCAAAGAGAUCCAGGAUGAGAUGCAGAUUGAGAAAGCUAAUGGUCAGGACCACAAAGGAUCACCUGAGGAGAGCUCCUGUUGCUCUGAAGAUGAUCCCCAAGGUCUUCCCUCUUCAACCAAAGAUGAAGGAGACUCAGAAGAGGUCCUGUCUGCUGCCGAUGAAUACGGAGCAGAUGAGAGUAGCCAAGGCUGCAGAGAUGUAGAAGAUGAUAACGGUAGCAGUGAAGGAAGCAUGGAAGAAAUUGAGAUUUCCCCCAAGGGUACCAAAGCUCAGAUUAUUCCUAGUUUUUUCCCAGAUGCUAAAGAAGAGAAUGAGAACAAGCUACCCUUGGGGUUCCUUUUCAAGGCUCAAGCAACUCAAGCUCAUGCUUCAGAAGACGACAAUCACCUUCAAUUUGGAGAAGGAGAUAUCAUACUUGUGAUAUCAGACAGGCAAGCGGAGGAAAAAGGAUUUUGGAUGGGAGUAAAAGAAAGUGACUGGAAGGAAAACCAAGAUAUGCUACAGAAAGGCAUUUUCCCUCAAGUCCUCAUCAGAUCGGUCCCUCUGAAAUAAGCUCAAAAGCAACAGAAUGAAGAAAGAAAGAGAAAGCCGCAUUUUCCAAAAUCUAGUUUUCUAUAAUUAUUAAAUCUUUUUUCCCCUUCAGGCCAAUUGCCUCACAUCAAUAUAAUACCAUGCAGGUGGCAAUAUUUAUGAUACAUGAACUUUUGAAAAAUAUGAGUUUCAUCUAUUAUGUCAGAAACUGGCAAUCUUUGAAAGAAAUUUGUCCUUCUGAGGCAAAGGCCUCAGAACUACUUUUCUAAAAUGGAACACCACCAUAAAGAGUCCUAUUAUAGAAAAGCUAGUAACCCCAUUUACCCACCCUGACUCCUCAGACAAGUCCUCCAUUUCAGCUAGUUGAAAAUUCAUUGCAUUCAUGAUUCAUCUACUAGAAAAUAAUACAAUUAAUAAUUGCAGUUCAAUCAUGCUUUUCCGGAAUACGUUAAAUGAUUAUUCGGAGAAUGGGAAAAGUAAGAAAGAUGAUUAACUUCUAUUCUGUAAGGAUGAGAAGGAGGAGAAACUUAAGGAAACUUUUACAUGACGAGAUUAUCAUUUUGGAUAGGGAAAUCACACAUUAAAGUUUAUAUGUAAAAUAUAUUGAACAAAGAAAAUAUAUACUGUAUAUGAGGAAAAAAGACACUUUCCCCAACAUGUGUGUGCUGGGACUUUUCUCCCAUUUAUGGGGAAUCACUUAAUUAUGCCAUUUAUCUGUUUGUAGUUUGAAGCAGUUUGUUAUGGAAAAAUCUUACUGCUUUAUUUUGUUUUUUGUAUAUAUGAAUCUCUUAUCAGGAGCUGGCAUUAUGCAGUAAAAUAGAGGAUAUUUAUACAAUCCUUUUGAAUCCUGGAACUGCCUUCCAUGCUCAACAGCUUCUGAACUCUUCCCUGUUUUUCCAAGAUUAUCCAUUUUAUCAUGUUGUCAAGCACAUUAUAUUCUGUUUUCUCUUAUUUUAGACCAGUGGCCCCCAACCUUUUGGGUACCAGGGCCUGGUUCCGUGGAGAGAGGUUUUUCCAUGGACUGGAUGCCUGUUUGCAUGGCCCUGAUGCCAGUCCACGAACCAGGGGUUAUGGACCCAUUUUAGACUAUUGUUUUAACUAGAAAUGCCUGGUUCUGGAUACCUACAAAUGAGGCAUUAGGAUUACAGCUCUCAACUGUUGCUUGUUUGAAGCAUUUUAUUAUGAUCAUUUAUUAUGAUGGUAAUCAUUAAUCGACCUAUCUCCUCCAGCUCAAUCACUUGGACAGCUUUCGAGAGGUAUUGUAAAUAUAUCUGUACCUAUAGUAGUUAAUACAAACAUAAUUCGUUUCUGCCUAACACAUAAUAAAACA